UUUGUUCGCACCGUGUCGCUGUGUAAAAUCAACUGCGAUCGUUCGGCGUAUGGACGUCGUGUACACCUGCUUGGGACCGCAUUCCGUGUACGAACGCGCCGAGUUCUCACACUAGCAGCAGCAGCAGCAUCAUCAUCAUCAUCAGGCAUCAGUAGGGCGACGAGACUUCCCCGGCGCCAGUGCACGUCGCCUCCGCCCCACCACUCACGCAUUCUCGCGACAAACCUAAGCAGCCGGCCGCCCGUUCGACGCCGUGGUCGUCGGUGGCGCGGUGGUAACAAACAGAUCACAGCAAGUGCCGUGCGCCUAUCGCCUGUACUCCAACAAAACGUCCUAUCGGGGUUUGUCAUGCUCGUGAUUGACCGCUUCUCGCUUGUUUGCUUUUCACUCGCAGUUCUUGUGAAGUAACGCAGAAGGCCGUGCAUGCUGUUUAAUGCAUCGCCGAUUACGAGUCGCGUACAAGGGUGCAUUAUAAUAAAUUGCUGGAAUUGUUUACCGCUUCCUGAUGAUUUUAUAAAAAAAGGAACAAAAACUGUUCUUCGAAAGUGUGCAGUUGUUGCGGUGAAUGUGUCUAUACCGAUACAUAGUUUGUUGUGAACUGAUUGCUUAAAGGAUUUAGAUAAAUAUACGUUGAUUAUUAUGACGAAUGGAAUUUGUAAAAGGAUUUUUCUAAAAGAAAAUAAUAUGUCUGCCACCGACCGGACUGGUGGGUACAGUUCGGACCUGUACACCGAAGAUGAUGAACUUGUUCAAGUCCACUCACCAACAGAUAGCAGUGAAGACAGCGUUGAAGUGAAGGUCAACCCUAUUCCUCUUCGAAGCAAGCGUAAAGGGACAGACCCUAAAAAAUUCGAUUUUUGUACUGUCACUCCUCCCCCUAAGAAACGAAUGUGCUUAAAAAUAUCUGAAGAAGAACGUAAAAAUGCCCGAGAACCUUUUAGACCUUGGAAUGUGUCAAACAAUACAAAAUGUCCUUCAAUUAUCGACACUACCACAACCAACACCAACACCACUCUUAAUCCUGCUUUAAGGGAUUCGUUAGUCCGAUGUCCUACCCCUAUUGGUGUCGAAAAUGAUUCCGAAUCUCCCUUACCUUUGCUCAAAAAAUCCACGUCUGAUGAACCCCAUCAAAGACUUGUCAAGAACAGUAAGAGUUCUUAUCGUCAUAUACCUGGUCCAGAUAAUUCGGACUUUAGUGAUGGUAGUACCUUGCGGGUCCCGUUUCAUCCAUCUUUUGCUCCUGUUGGAGCAGUCGUCGACGUGGAGAGGGCAAUUCAACAGUCCUCAAACGCGUUUCCGAGUUUGAGAAUGACCGAGUCUCCCGAAGAGUUUUCGUCAGAAGAUUCCAGAAAACCCACCAUCAGUGUUAAAAAUUUGGACAGUUUGAGAGAUAGCAACAGUGGUUGUAGUAGCAGUAAUAGUAACAAUAACAAUAACAGUAACCGCGCAAUCGGUAUACAAAGACGGGAGCAGAGGAACUAUAAGAAUAUGACGCGGGAAAGAAGGAUUGAGGCGAAUGCCCGAGAGAGGACCAGAGUUCACACGAUAAGUGCCGCAUUUGAUACGUUGAGGAGGGCGAUACCGUCGUACUCACAUAAUCAGAAACUUUCUAAAUUGUCCGUGUUGAGGAUAGCGUGUUCGUACAUAGCCACGUUGUCGAAUAUCGUUACGGAUUCGGAAGACCAAUGUGAAAAUUCUUUGGCAGAGUGCGUCGACAAUGUUACCAGGACUAUACAACGUGAAGGAAAACUGAGAAAAAAGAAGGACGAAAGUGAUUGAACUUGUCGAAAAAUCUUGAUUCAUGUUGUCAUAGUGUGGGAACAGCAAUAAAAAUACGUUUCAAUUUGACUCGAAGUUCAAAAGAAACGGUUUUCCUUGACCGGGGGUUGUUGUUGACUUCCGAAUUACGAAUCGCACGUCGUUCGCAGAUACGUAUAGGGGCCGUAUUUAGGCCUACGAUUUACUGAAUAGUUAAAUAUUCGUUAUUAUAAUUAAAACUAAAUUUUAUUUUAUUCAUGGUUGGUUCGAGUCGAUUAAUUAACAUAAUGAAAAAAUAGGAAGUACUUACGUUAAUGUUACUGUACGCCCAGAAUUCAUGUUGACGAGAAGAAAAUAUUUCCUAAGUACGCCCCUGAUAACGACGUGCGAUUCUUAUCCAUAAAAUACAAAAAACAAGUUGCCUACUCCCAAUAUUGGGCCGCCGGGGGGUGAAUUUAUGCUUAAAAAUUUUAGAAGGCUCCUACGCUUUUAUAUACCGAAUAACUAUUUGUAAUGUACAUAAAUAAGUACUUGGUAGGUAUCAUAUAAAUUCAUUUUUUAAAUUUUACUACAUUUUUUCGUGAAUAUGUACAAUAUUGCAAUCUCAUGAUUUUUGUUAUAUCUAUAAAUAUAUUAUUUUUAAUUUACUAUUUUCAGAUUUUGAAGUGUUUUCUUGUGCAUUUUGACACGCCAUUAUUACCUUUUUUUUUUUUAUUCUAGUUAUCUAUUCGUAUGUAUAUUGAACGUGAUAUUUUUUGUUUAUAUUUGUACAUUGUAUAAGUAUAAUAGUGUACUCAAGAAUGUGAUGAUUUUUUCAUCCUAUUUGUACAUAUAAGUCCGUAUUUUUGUACAAUUAUCGAAUACUGUGCCAUUUACUAAAAAAUUUGUUACGAAUUUACAAUGAAUGUUUUUUUAUUAUGGCAGUUCUGCUUUCAGUUUUUUUA